AUGGCAGAUUUUGGGAUCUCAGCUGGCCAGUGUGUGGCAGUGGUCUGGGAUAUAUCAUCUCCUGUAGAAGCGCUAAAAGAUCUGGUGAACAAGCUUCAAACAUUGACUGGGAGUGAGGGCCACGUGUCUGUGGAAAACGUCAAGCAGCUGUUGCAAUCUGCCCACAAAGAAUCUAGCUUUGAUGUUAUCUUGUCGGGUGUUGUUCCGGGAAGCACCAUUCUACAUGAUGCUGAGAUUUUGGCAGAAAUGGCCCGGAUCCUUCGGCCUGGAGGAUGUCUUUUUCUAAGAGAGCCAGUAGAGACGGCUGUAGGUAACAAUAGCAAAUUAAAGACAGCGCCUAAAUUGUGUUCAACCCUGACUCUUUCUGGUCUUGUGGAAGUAAAAGAGUUGCAGCGGGAAGCCUUGAAUCCGGAGGAGUUAGCAUCUGUCAAAGAACACCUAGAUUACCAAAGUGAUGGCUUGCUCUUUGUGCAAGUCACGGGCAGAAAGCCAAACUUUGAAGUGGGUUCUUCGAGUCAGCUCAAGCUUUCCAUUGCCAAGAAGUCUCCUUCAGAGAAGCCUGCUUUGGACCCUGCUGCUGUCAAGCUCUGGACACUGUCUGCCAACGAUAUGGAGGAUGACAGCAUGGAUCUCAUUGACUCAGAUGAACUGUUGGAUCCAGAAGAUUUGAAAAAACCUGAUCCAGCUUCCCUGCGAGCUCCUUCAUGUGGAGAAGGGAAGAAGAGGAAGGCUUGUAAGAAUUGCACGUGUGGCCUUGCCGAAGAACUGGAAAAAGAGAAGUCAGAGGAACAGAAGAGCGCCCAGCCCAAGUCAGCUUGUGGAAACUGCUACCUGGGUGACGCGUUCCGCUGUGCCAGCUGCCCCUACCUUGGGAUGCCGGCCUUUAAACCCGGGGAGCAGGUGCUGCUGAGCAACAGUGGCCUUCAGGACGCAUAG